CUGAUAAAGAACCCAGCAAACCACAAGCUCGAGAGCUCGAACCUUCACACUCAGAAACACAACGCACGUACGCAUCCACACUCCACACACAGUAGGAGAUGGCCGGAGGAGACGGUGAGCUGAAGCUGCUCGGCAUGUGGGCGAGCCCGUUCGUCACCAGAGCGAAGCUCGCGCUUCACAUCAAGGGCCUGAGCUACGACUACGUCGAGGAGGAUCUCGGGAACAAGAGCGAGCUCCUGCUGAGCUCCAACCCGGUGCACAAGGCGGUGCCCGUGCUGAUCCACAAUGGCAAGCCUGUCUGCGAGUCGCAGAUCGUCGUGCAGUACAUCGACGAGGCCUUCGCCGGCACCGGCCCGUCCCUUCUCCCAGCCGACCCCUACGAACGCGCCGUUGCUCGCUUCUGGGCCGCCUACAUUGAUGGCAAGCUAGGGACCCCGUGGCAGCAGGUGUUCAGGGUGAAGACGGACGAGGAGAGGGCCGAGGCGAUGAAGCAGACGUUUGCGGCGGUGGACGCUCUGGAGGGAGGCCUCAAGGAAUGCUCCAAGGGGAAGGACUUCUUCGGCGGCGACAGCGUUGGGUACGUUGACGUCGUUCUGGGAGGCUUGGUCUCGUGGGUGAAGGCGACCAACGUGCUCGUCGGUGCGGAGCUCUUCGACGCAGCCAAGACGCCGCACCUGGCCGCGUGGAUGGACCGCUUCUGCGAGCUCGACGCGGCCAAGGCGGUCCUGCAGGACGUCGACGCGGUGGUCGAGUACGCCAAGGCGGUGCAGGCACGGGCUGCUGCCGCGGCUGCAAGCAACUAGUAAAGGAAUGGAACCCAGAAUGGCGACGUGGAUCCUGUUGGGUCGGAGAGAAGAAAAAAAAAUACUGCUAUUGGCUUCGAUGUGGAUAGCAGAUCAUAGAAACGUCUCUGAUGCAUGUGAUUGCACGUUUGCACAGUGCAGGUUUU